AUGACAGCACCAGCCGCAUUGCCACCAAAGAGCUUGCUCGGACGGCACCGCAUCCUUGCCCCGACUGCUGGAGUCCACGUAUCACCAAUAUGCCUUGGAGGCAUGUCGUUCGGUGACGCUUGGAAGGAAUUCAUGGGCGAAUGCAGUAAAGAAACGACCUUCGAGAUCUUGGACUUCUUCUACGAGAUGGGAGGCAACUUUAUCGACACGGCCAACGCCUACCAAAACGGAGAGUCUGAAGAAUGGAUCGGUGAGUGGAUGGCAAGUAGGGAUCGACGCAACGAGAUCGUUCUUGCGACCAAGUACACGAAUGCUUGGAACUCGCACUUGAAGGAUGGUAUACAGCAGAGCAACUUUGGCGGCAAUUCGAGGAAGAGCCUUCACGUCAGCAUUGAAGCAAGUCUGAAAAAGUUGCAGACGGACUAUAUCGACUUGCUUUAUGUACACUAUUUCGAUUUUGCGACUGGAAUUCCGGAGAUGAUGCAGUCACUCAAUCAUUUGGUGGCUCAGAACAAAGUGCUGUAUCUUGGGAUCAGCGACACGCCCGCAUGGAUCGUGGCAAAGGCCAAUUGCUAUGCUCGUGAACACGGGCUCACUCAAUUCUCUGUCUAUCAAGGACGGUGGAGCGCUGCCGAGCGCGACUUUGAACGAGAGAUAAUACCAAUGUGUAAAGACGAAGGCAUGGCACUACUGCCUUGGGGCGCGCUUGGCGGAGGAUAUUUCAAAUCGCCUGAACAAGGCGAAAAGGAGGAGGGGCGAUCACUCAAUGUCAGGACUGGUAAAGAGGCCGAAGUCUCGAUUGUGCUCGACCGUAUUGCGAAAGAGAAAGGCACUCUCAUAACCAGUGUUGCGCUUGCAUACGUCCUACACAAGUCGCCCUAUGUCUUUCCCAUCCUGGGCGGUCGAAAAGUCUCACAUCUAAAGAGCAAUAUCGAAGCCUUGAGCUUGCGCCUCUCGCCAGAAGACAUUGACGCGAUUGAAUCUGCAUACGAUUUCCAGAUCGGCUUCCCUCACAACUUUACGGCAGGAGAGAAUAAAGCGCCCCAAGGCCCACAAGACAUCGUCUUCAGGAAGCGCCUUGGUCAUUUCGACUAUGUCCAGCCGGCGCGAAAAAUUUCACCUCCUGCGACCAUUUAG